AUGUUCUCUGGCACGCUACUGACAGCUCAGGAAUGGAUACUUUCAAGAGUAAUACACUAUGCAUUGACCAGUCCUAAUGCAGGGGCAAGUCUAGGCACUGACAUAGAUGCAGAUGCAGGUACAAAUACAGAUGUGCACAUUCGUGAUCAUUCAAUUAAUAUUCUACACCCUGUGAUGGAGCUUAUCACCUCCAAUCAACCGUUACUGGGAUUAGAUCCCAUACGGACAAUCCAUAUAAUGUGCGCCUAUAUGUCAGUUAUGUUCGAUAACAAAUUUCAGUUCUCUGCUACAUAUUCAAAGGAGUUUGGAACAGUCUUACUGCGAUGCACUCGACACUUCGCUUCCGGUGCAUUAUCAGCAAGAUACUUGUCAGAGUUAUCUAAGCUGAUUUUUCUGCACAUGCAGAACUCUAAUGCCAUCACUGCACUAGUAACUUCGUCUCAGUGUUUGCUGGACAUGAUAUCUAAAUGGUUAAGGCAGAUCUUAUUGUCGGGGCACAAUACAAACAACAUCUGUAUCCUUAUUUCCUUGAUUUUUAGCACCCCGAUACAGAUUGCCGGCUGCAACACGAUAGAGAGGUACCGAAAUGGCUUAUUAAACGAUGUGCUGGAGUAUCUGGAUGAUGACGUUCUUCAAAUAAUAAGGGUAGCAAUAAAAUUAGACGGUUGCCAAGCAUGCGCACACAUCAAUGGAUUACUGGAGAUGCUCAUCACUAUUGAUGUGGUGCAAAUCGUUAACAGGGUAUCCCUAGAAACAAUUUCAAAUGCCAUUUCCUUAUUGUGUGAAGUAGUACGGGUUGGUGUGGUGGCUCAGCGCACUGAGUCCCAGUUUCAACGUGGCUCUUGGAUGGAUCUGCUUGCCAUCACAAAUGCAAGCGUAUUAUUGUCCAUGAUGCUCAUCUGCUUGGUGGAUAGCGAGAGAAGAGAUCAUGGCCUGACGAUACUCCUCGAACUAAUGAAGGUAACAGGCAGCAGUGUGCAAGAGUUAGAAGAGUUUCUGAUACUUCAAAUUAUGCGGUUUAAGGCCUGUCAUCAGGCCGUUAAUGCGCUAGAUGAGGAUAGGAUGCUGAUGCUAAGUGUGUUACAAAACCGUAUUUCUAUGGUUCUUUCUAGCUGUGCCUCGCCAUCUAGACCGGUUAAGGCGCGGGAAGCAGGUUCAUCCAAAAGCUUUUAUAUUGAGCGGCCGAGCUGA